AUGAACCAUGGGUUUCCAAAAAACCUUGCGCCUCAAAGGAAAAACAACUUACGGUUGGAUGCGGUUGUUAAAAGGUGAAAUGUUUGCAAGUGCAUUCCGCGAAAUUGCUUAUGGUUUAAUUUUUUAAGCCGUAGACCAUCUGCUUUUAAACCAUCUGUUUUGGAAUAUUCCUGUCUACCAAAUGCAGAAUCCCGUCGCUGUUUAUUCUCUGGGAGAAAAACAAGCUGAAGAAUAGUGCACGGCAGCGACAAAGAAGAAUUUCAGUGUGUAGUUUAACUUUUCCAAAAGAGGCGAUAGGCCAACAGCUUUUGUCGGUUGAGAGUGUUCGCGAUUCAAUUGGUCAGACCACUGAACAACAAAUCAAGACAAAUUGCCACAUGUGGCAUAAAUGAUUGCUAAACAUAACCGCACUUUAUAAACGCUUUUAGAAGUUUCUUUGACCGGGUUUAAUAAAUUCGCUGGUAGAUUGAUUUCCAUCCCGCAUUGACGUAUGCAAAUUAGCUUGUUGCGUAUUGUCUUCGUACGAAAACAGCCCAGACCAUUACAAGUAACCAACUCAGCGCAGUUUCUGAUCCAUGGCGCGGUGUUUCGAAAUCUGCUGAACUAUAACGCGAUAAUUUGCUUUUUUCACGCUCCGCAGGGCUGCGACAAGUAUCGGAAGCAAUGUACGAGGUAGUGUUCACACAAUAGCCGAUAAAUCAAUGGCGUUGUGGGAUAAAGUUCGGAAGCGAUUGGGAAAUUCGGAGAACUCGGCUGGAUGCAGUUGUGGUCGAGAAUACCCAAAUAGUGAAAGUGUUUUUUACGAAGAUUACUUCACGAGGUAAGCGGCAACGGUAAUUGUUGGGUAAAGUUUACAGAAGUUACGGUUUUGUAGGUUUUUAGGUUACAACUGGUGGUAAAACACGCUCGGUUUCGAAAAUGUCGAGUGGUUUUAAAUAUUUGAAAGUAAUUUGGAGGUUCUUUAAAGCUCGUUAGUUUGUUGGUAAUCCAUCAAACGAGCGGUGGCAGUUUCUAGUUUAGUACGAGGGAGUGAAAAUGGCGUUUUUACGCGGGCCAUGAUAACAAAGCAGUAACUUUACUGGAAUUUCCCCCUUGAAACGGCAAAUUCGAUUCAUUGAAUCGUAAUGGAUGACCAUUUCCGGUGUGAGAUCAGAAGUGAAGGUUUUUUUGAAUAAUUUUAUUCCGUGUUCGUAAAGGAGAAAGCUGUCGCAGAAUUUACUUUUACGCGCACUAAUAUUUCCGCCAUGGGCCGAGGUCAAAGAAGAGAAGAAUAGAAAGGCGCGCCUAGGACUGGGCCCAAGAGCUUUACUUAUUUACAAAAUGGCGGAGCUUUCAUACAACUCAAGUUCUGGAUUAGAGCCCCAUACAAUUCCUUUGAAAGAGAGGUAAAGCCUACAUGGUUUAAUUCAAAAUUUCCGUUGGAUGUUUUCUGCCAUUUUCUUUAUUUUACAACUUUUGUAUUAAAGCCAAGAAUAGUGCGGUAAAACUCAAAAGUUUAUUGACCAUUAUUGACGCCGUUAAAAAAACAGCUGGUUUAGUGUUUUCGCUAGUUUUCUGCUAAUUCAACUUAAAAUUUCUCAUUUUUCUUGAAGAUGUGGGGAAGAUUUAAUGGGAAAAUUUGGUACUGUAUCUUCAAGAUUGAUCUUGUCACCAAUUUAGCGGCCUGUUAAUUUGUAAGGUUACAUAUCUAGCUUUCAAGAAUAAUCCGUGGGGUUUAUCAAUUUGUUUUGACAAUAUUAUUGAUAUCACUAAUCAAAUAUUGAGAUUUCUUGAGGAAGAUUUUAGAUUAACAGACCUAAGAACAAUGGAUUUAUGAAGUUUUUGCCUACUUUCACAAUUUCCCUUUGGAAAAAAAUUUUGUCUCGUCUGCAUUCUUGUUUUGAUCCUUGCUAUGGUAAAUAUAUUUCACUUUCCUCGAAAGAAGAAUUUUUUACGGUCGGAGAAUUUCAUAUUGUGUAUGAUAGGGCAUUAGAUUAAUUAUCUGAGGAUUAUUUAAGCAAGUGAAAUGCUUUGCUUAGUGGUGAUAGGUACAUAUAGAAUGUGUCUAGACACAAAACAAUUUACCUCCACCUUUAUAUGUCUGUGGUUGAUUUGAUGUAUGAUGUACAAUCCAAAAUAAUUAUGACAUUCUGAAAUGCAGUGUAUGAUAGAAAUCUGUAAUGAUGAUAGAAAUAAGGAAAUUAAAUGUAACCAAAAUCACAUAAGUUUUUUUAAGAUCUAUUAUUAAUUAUUGAUGGUGCAUGCCGCAGAUGUUUGAAUGAGUGUCUUAUUUUUCCUUGAAGGUCAAAGUGUGUUUAUGAACCCAAAUUGAAAUUUGAGAUAGAACCGAAAUUUUUACAUUGGCUAUUCAAUAUUAAACAUAUUUAAAGUUGUAGAAAAAAAUCCUUCAGAUUUCUUUUAAAAACUGGAGAUGUGGUAAUUGUGUAUUUAAAUAGAAUAAAUUAGUCUUCUUGUCCUCAGGAACAGGUAUUAAAAAAAGGAUGAUUUUUGCUUAAAAAUUUGGCCUAUUCAAAUUAACCCUUUAACUCACAGUAGUGACCAAGACAGAAUUUCUCCUUAUGAUAUCAAUACAAUAUCAAGCAGACAAGUGAUGAGACUAAAGAGAAAUAUCAGUCAGAGGAUUAUCAGUUAAUCCAAUACCAAAUUCUCAAAACUAAUAUCACAAGAGCUGUAUGGUAGAUAGUAAGGAGAAUUACUAAUGAGAUCUAAGGAGUUAAAGGACUAAUAUGGUCACUAAUUUGUAAGUUGAGAUUCAGUAAGUUUGGGUUGCAGUUUGGUGUUAACUGGUGAGGAAAAGAGUUUAUACUGUCUUAAUUACUUACAGUUGCAACACACUGUUCCAUAAUUACGAUAUCGAUAAAAUUCUUUAAGGGUUAUGUCACUAAUAUUGUAAUACACAACUUUGAAUUUGAUGACAAAUUUAAUUUUAGUUAAUAAUAUAUUAAUUUCUCAUCGCUUUAUUAAUCCACAGUUUAAUUUGUUUCAUUUUUCACUUUUUUUAUUAGAUUCUCCUUGCUCCUGUUAGAGCCUGGAGAGAUCUACUUUGAAGAUUUUAGUGUUUUUCAUUACCCAAAUCAAUUUUCUGAAGAGGAGGCAAUAAAAAGGUACACAUGUAUGUAUUUGAUGGGUUAAACUCUCUUACAGUGGAGUUACACAGGUCAGGUAGUUUAAGAGUCAGCUUAGCAACCACAACUGAUUUGUAUUGUAUUUUAUUCACCAUAGUGAUCAAAACGUAAGUCAUUAAGAUGCUGCUCCUUGAUUGGUUGCAAUCUGUAACAGGUCAUCCUUCCACUAUUUUGUCGGGUUUGAUGACAAUUUGUUGAUUCAUUUAUUAUCAUGGAAGGAGAGAGGCACUUUGAUAGUUUCUUGCCUAGGGACAUAUCACUGUAAGCUUGGUAAGGCUCCACUACAUCUCCCACAAGGGUUUCUUCAGUAGAACUGUUUAUUCAAAUCCUUGAUUCCCCUCAGAUAGCUGUCAUUAUUAUAUGAUUAUUAAUUUAGAAUUAUAGAAUGGAAUAGAAUACAGUUGUUUAUCACUCAGACAUGAUGUCUGGAUGAGACAAUAGGUCUCAGAUAGCAUUCAUUGUAAGGAAAACAUGGUAAUUAUCACGAGAAUGUGCUAUUUGGUUUAAUUAUUUACUGAAGUAUUGUCAUCUUUGAAUGUUUUUUUUAAGGAAACAAAGAGGAAGAUUAAAGAUAUGUUCCAAGUCUAUUCUUUUUGAUCCCAUAGAUACAUCUUACCCAAUUUUAAAGGUAUACAUUUAGUUAAAGUUAUCUCUGGUUUUGAAGUUUAUAAGUUUUCUGUAAGUUUUCUCACCUGUGCUAGGCUUGAUUUGUAUUGAUUGCAUGUUUGUGAUAAUCAUUUCAUGGCUACCUGAAAAAAUUACAUAAAAAUAUGGUCAGGUGCCUAGGCUGUUUUAUAUGCCAAGGAUAAUUUUAUUUCACAACCCUCAAUUCUUUAAGUGUUGGUUUGAAACUACAUAUAACUGGUUUCCUUUGGUUUUCCCGACUUUACCUUAAUUUUCAACUGUGUGUUUAGUUUCCUCUCAGAGAAUGUAAUGCAAUAACUCAUUGGUCUGGAUCUCUCAUGUCAAGGUGAGUUGACAUUGCCAGGGAAAGACAUCUUUUUUGAAAAAGAUAGACAGAAUUAAGAUUGUUUUGUCUCCAACAGAAUUGAUACCAAAGGAGAUGUUCUGGCAAUUGAGUCCAAGCAGGUCAUAGAAAUGAAGGAAGGCAACACAAUAGCACCUUAUACAUUUAGAAGAGUGAGUACCACAUCUCUUAAUAUGUGAAUAUCUCACUUGUCAGAGCAAACUGAUUUUGAAUGAAUUAAUCUGUGAUUUACUGUUUUUUUCUCUUCUUAUAGGAAAAAGCCAAGUAUUUAUUUUCGUUCAAUUUUGUAGCUUUAAAUUUUGUAUUACCCCAGUUAGAACAGGUGGGUUGUCUCCUUUUCACAAUGAUAAUUUUUAUUCUGAAUUGUCUAUUACUAAGUGAAAGUACAUACAACAAUGAAUUUCUUUACUGUCUCUAUUUUUUCAAGGUGAUUAUUUUGUUAUUUCAUUAGCAGUAAUUUUAAUGGAUAAUUAUUUGUUGACCUUUCUAACAGCUUCACAGAGCAACUACUCUCAUGCCAGCUGAUCAACAAGCUAUGGUGAGUCUGAGUUAACUUUGUGGUUAGAUUAGUUAUUAGGGAGGCUGUUUCUUGUUCACCACAAUGAACUGGAAUCCCAUAUAAUGUUUUAAUACCAAGUGGUCUUAACUACUAAAAAGUAUUGGUAGCUGUUUAUAACAAUUUUGUAGUAGAGUACUGUUAAAUCUGUGUAAUAAAAUUCUGAUCAACUCCUCUUUACUUAGAUCAAUUCAAUUGUUCAAUCAAGACAGGCAAGAGUUAGUUUUAACACAAGUUGGUGAGUGAAUUUUAAUUAUUGGUAAUGUUAUAAUUUUGAUGCUCAAUGAGUUCGCUUUAAAAAUUCUGAAAGGUAUCUGAUGAGUUUGUGGGUAAUGAUGAAUGACUACAUGUAAACAUAACCUCAUCUAAACAAUUUGGGGUAGGGGUGGGGCUGGGGGGCUGGAGGACUGGGGGGCUGGAGGCCUGGAGGGCUGGAGGACUGGGGGCUGGAGGCCUGGAGGCCUGGAGUGCUGGGGGGCUGGAGGGCUGGGGGGUUGGGACAAUUGUUUAUAUAAGGCUUUUUAAAUGUCAAAGAACUCUAUUCUUGCUUAAAUACUGAAUGUUGUAAUAAUUAAAGUGAACCAUAAUUACUUUGUAAAUGUUACAUUUUUGGCUUUUAAAGGUUAGAAGAUUUACACGAGAAAAUUGUGAUGGAAACAAUGGGUAAGUCAGUCAGCAUCUGCUGUUAGUAGUAAAACCACCUGAUUAUUUUUUCAAUAUAAUGUUAAAAAAAUACGAUAAGAGGAAAUAUUGAUGCUGGCCAAGGCAACAUCAUCUUUUUCUAAGUUACAUUGCAAAAGACUAGUUUUUCAUAGAACUUAAAAUCAACUGGUUGAAGAUUCAAAGGUUUACAAUUCUGCAUUUCACACUAUAAUUACAAUGUGCCUAUGAAUGAAGUUAAAAUAGCUUAUAUAGUAAAGAAAAUGGAAGAAAAUUUACAUGAAACAAGAGAAAAAGGAGAGGUGAAUAGUAGAAAAUGUUAUAUCAAAUGACAGUUUCUUUUGAAAAGGUUGCUAUUUGAAAUAAAAAGAAUGAAAUAGAUGUCUGAGAUUUAUAUUUUAGCCCUCCCCAUACUUAUCCAACUCCUUUGAAAACUCAGAGCUGAUUUUUUCCUUUGUCUGUUAUUUCAGCAAAACGAAUCACCCCUCUUGUUUGCAACCCAGGCCGCAUCAUGUUAACUUCUUCCAGACUAUACUUUCAGCCAUUUAACAAUGCUGACCCAGUAAGUUCUUCCAGCUGUUCAUUACAACAAUGUUGUUUUACUUUGAAUAUGGUAAUCACAUCGGGAACAUCUUGUCUGAAUACUUAAAUGAAAGGUUAAGUUCAAGAACAACAACAACAAUAACAAAUCAAAUAACAAAUUUCAAAACUCUUCUUUCUCUAACCAGCGCAAUUCUAGAUUUCUUGUCUGACUUGGAUGUAUAAUUGCUCUUAAAAUCAAAAUUUUCUCUUUCAGUGCCCAGUUGUGAAAUGUAAAUUAUCUAAAAUCUGUAGAGUUGUCAAACGGAGAUAUCUUCUCAGGCAUGUGGUACGUAUAUCAUCUUUACAUUGAAUUUCUCUGAACGUUACAAUGGGGUAUGUUCCUUGGAAAGAAAUGUGCAUGAUAUAUGCUAUGAAUGUGGGCAAUUAAACUGUCAACUGUUUCAUCUACAAUGCUAAAUGACUUGCCCAUUUCCUGAUAAACAUUUCAUUUGGUUAAGUUUUUAUAAAUUUUAUGAUUGUCAAGCACAAACAGAGUGCGAGGUUGAUGCAGAUUAAGUUGUCUUCAAAAGUAAUACAUAUUUUGUUGACAUCAUUGUAAUUAUCUUUCCAUGUUUAUCUUAUGCUCAACAAUGUUUCUCCAAAUUUAUUUUAUUUUUUUCCAGGGGGUUGAGGUGUUUUCAGCAGAUGGUUCUCAUAUGUAUCUGAUAUUCAACUCUCCAACAGAGAGGGAUUUGUUUUAUGACAAAAUUAUUCAGCAACCAGGUUCAGUGAUCACUUUUUUAUAUUAAACAUUAGCCUAAAAAUUCAUUAGUCUACUUCACAGACGUUGUUUGACUAGCGUGUUGCGUUACAAGGUUACUGCGUGACGAACUUGUUGCGUGAUUACUUUCAACAACUGCCUCUCAUUGCUCUUGGCCCGGCAUGCAUCAGCGUAAGGUCAUUGGCACCCAUUUGUCUAGGAUAAGGUCUUUUCAACUAAGUUAGAAAAUGAAGUUAAUGUUGUAAACAUACCUGAAGCCAUUCUAUUUUACUUUCAACCAAAACCUUAGCUAAGGUUUGAGGAAGUUUACCCACAGGUAUCAUAAAAGAUUGCCAAGAAGCCAAGAACAAGGUCAACAGCUCACCAACUGAUGCGCCUCUUUUUUUUUUACAGAAGUUGAAUUAGAAGACACUAGACAGGAGAACAUGACGUUAAGAUGGCAGAAUGGAGCGAUCUCAAAUUUUGAAUAUUUAAUGUACCUAAAUAGGUUAGUCAAAUUAGUGUCAUAAACUUUGAAUAAGUUGUCGAGCUUUGUGUAAUUUAAUGUUGUAUACCGUAAUUAAAAUACUUCUUGCAAAGAACUCUCUUAGUGACCUGCCGCGAACUUGGAAUUACCAUAAUUUUAGUUUAAAUAGUUUCAUGUAUGUCUUUUGUGUGUUUUCGUUUGUAUAGCUUCUUUAUUCAUUUUUGUAUAUAACUCUUGCACUUGUAUAUUUAGGAAUCAGGUUAUUAAAACCUCAAGUCUUAAAUAGUAAAACGUAUUUCUACUUUACUUUCCCCUCUUUUCCCACAUUGACCGCCUUUUCCCGCUCUUGAGGCCGUUGACAUCUAUUCACUAGAGUUCUCUCUGGCUUCCUUUGAUUUGUUUCCCUGUUCUGAUUGGUCAUUGUGAUUAUCUUAGCUUUAUCACACUCGUUGAAAGUCUGUAAGUGACUCGUUCAAUAGUCACUCGGUUAGUACUUUACCACGUUUUCUCUGACUGUAUUCCUGUACUUCAGUUUAGCAGAUAGAAGUUUCAAUGAUCUCACACAGUAUCCAGUAUUUCCUUGGGUUAUAUCAGACUACAAGAGUGCAGAGCUUGGUAUGUUUUCAGUUCUAUUAGUUAGAGAUGCAGUUUACGCCACUACAAAUAUUUUCGAGACCGACGCGUAACAGAUUUCUGUUGUAAGCUUGUGUGAGGCAAGCUGCAAGUCGCCCUUUGACCGCUUUCUAACUACUACACCAUUACUGUUCGCUUGUUUUGCUUAAUAUAAUAGUAAGUGGUUCCGUUUUUAGGAUAAAAGUUGUUAUUGUAGCUCUUUAAACUGCCCUCACCGAAUUGAACUUAGAACGCAUCUGUGUUGUUUUAAUAUCGUAACAUUCCAAUCUUAUAUCCCUUAUCGAACGUAACUGAAGCAAUUAAGACAGUUCAAAUGUUUAAGACAUUCUCCUUUGCACAAUCAAAAGUGAUGUAUACACAUUGACCUGAAUUGAAUUCUGUUUUUAGAUUUAGAGAAAGGAGAAACAUUCCGAGAAUUAUCCAAACCAAUAGGAGCUCUGAAUGAAACAAGAUUAGCUCAACUAAAGGUACACUGUUAACAUGCGCUAAAUCGAUAUCUUAAGGAUACUGUAUGGCCGCUUGGGGAUAUGAAUUUUGCCAUCUCGAGUUAGUAUAGGUAAUAACAUGAUUUUGAGUGCAAUUUGGUGAUAAUAAAUCUGAGUAAAUUUUUAAAAGACAACAAAAUUGUACGAGUCCGUAGGGCAAGUGCAAUUUUUAGUCUUUGAAAAAUUUACAAGUGCCUAUUUACCCCAAAUUGCACUCAAAGUCAUUUUGUGGCAUGUUAAUAAUUUACAUGAUUAUCGCAUCAUAGAAAGUCAAGAGGGACGAAAUUUCGGCAGCGCGCGCUAUUCGUAAUUUGCACUCGUUUUACAUGGAAAAUGCACUCGUUUUGAGCCAAUCAGACGCGCGUAAUUUUUUCAUGUUCAUUAUUAAUGAUAUUAUUGAGAGAUGCUGUCAGAAUCUGUAUCCUCAAGCGGCUAAGUAGUGUUCUUUUCAUUGUGCAGAAGCAAACAAGCAUCUGAUGGAAGUAUAUGAAAUGCACAACCUGAAGACCUUGUUUCUUUAUGCAGCGAUCAUCUACAGGAAAUGUUUUCAAUUCAUGAACGCACAGAACAUUUUCCUUUUGGAAGAAAAUUUAAUAUUUUGUCAAUAACAGACGAAUUUAAAUCCUGUUAUGUCGGUGAAUUGAGCAAACUCUUCUUAAAAGCGCACACGUCUUUACCUGAUUGACAUGACUACAUGAUAUUCUAAUAUUGAGGUUGCUGUUGAAAAAAAAUCAUUCUUUAUCGACAAACUAAAGUACUUGUUUUCUUUUGUUGCCUUUCGAAGUCGGCCCUGUUUAUCAAGCGAGUGAGAUGGUAUCAAUGAUUUAACUCAUAUUUUCAGGAGCGAUGCAAAGAGAUGCCUGAUCCAAAGUUCUUGUACGGAUCUCAUUACUCCACCCCCGGAUAUGUGUUGUACUAUCUUGUUAGAGUUGGUAAGUUUAAGCCGUAGGACGCUUUUCGCUUGAGAGUCGUAAAACCAAAACUGCUUAAAGCGCGGGAAAACGCGGGCGACCAAGUCAUGAUUGAUUUUCGUUUUACAUCUGAUUGGUUGAGAAAUUGACGUGAGUUUUCUGAACCAAUCACAGAGAGUAGCAAAGCAAAAAUCAAAUGAUUGGUUUUCAGCUUGAAGCGAUGAUAAACGAAAGCAGAUUACAGUUGACUUGAUUUUGUCAGAAAUUGAUGAUAGUUAGGCGUAAAAGUACUUAUAAAGGCCUUGUUUCUUUUCACAGCUCCCGAAUUUAUGCUCUGCCUACAGGGAGGAAAAUUUGAUCAACCAGACAGAUUAUUUAACAGGUGCAUAAAUAAAACAAUUUCUUAUUUAAUAAGUCCAUUUUGGUGUAGGCGGUAUGAUUUUCCUAAGGAGUUGAGUGAGGCAAUUUUGAAAUAUGUGAUGAUGGACUUCAACAUAAGUCAAAUCUCUGGUGGGAGUUGAACGUGCACUAUCUUCAAAAGGAAGGUACAGGGUGGGUUUGAAACGGGAGUAGGACUUGGGAGAGACGCCAAAGCUAAACGUCGAACGUUCGCCUUCGCGUACGGAUGAGUAUUUUCGAGAAAAAAGAAAAAAUGCUAACUCAGUAUUUGCACUCUACAGAGAUGUAUGUGUUCUGUCAGACAUGGCAUCAUAGUUGUAAAGGUAGUCCAAACAAUGUUCAAUACUUUAAACAAAGUAACUAGUCGAUGGCAACUACAUACACAUGUAGACCGUAGUCUCUUAUCAUCAUUUGUAACACUCACUGCUGUGUUGUUUUGUGGAAUUACAGUAUUGCUGAAACGUGGGAGAAUGUUUUGACGGGACAUGCAGAUGUCAAAGAGGUUUGUGCGAGUUCAGUGAAUUAAUUGAUUCCCCUCCCUCCCUCCCCCUCCUCCUUAAACCCUCAUUUUUAAAUUAAUGCCUUUUCUUUAAAAGUAGCACUCUUAAGAAAUAUGUUAACGAAUUGGAAACUCAUCUUAAGGUAGGCUUGCUCAGUAAAGAUGUUUAACCUUUUGCCAUAUGCGUGCGAUCAAGAAAACUGAUUCAGGUAUGAAAAGCCAGUAGGGACGAGCACCAUGCUACUGUCACACGAAAGGGAAAGAGCGCGGCAAAAUGAAGCGUUUUCCGCGCUCCUGGUUCAUCUCGCGCGUGACUUGCCUCGCUCUAUAAAUGAUGAUAUAAAGAUUUCAAAGAAUAAUGAAAUAAAACAAAACAAUUGAAUAAAGAACAUAUACGAUAAAACGACAUUCUACUAGCGAGUAAAGAGAAGUGUCAUACAUUUCCUAUUUGGAGUUGUUGUUUUAGUUCUGAAAAAUGUUUCACCGGAGAAACUUUUUUUUUUCAUUUCAAACAGUUGAUUCCAGAAUUUUUCCAUUCAUCUGGCGAAUUUUUGUUAAACACUCAAAGUUUGCCAUUGGGCUGCAAACAGGACAAGACAAAAGUCAUGGAUGUUGAGCUUCCAGCCUGGGCCAAAGGUGGGACGAAAUUAAUGAACAACUUAGCUCUCAUUAUAUGUAUCUGUAUACUUUUCAGCAAACAGGUGUUGGUAAUUAAGAAAAUAAGCACUCGGAACAAAAUUUCCUGAUUAAUCAACAUAUUCUCAGCACUAGUCGCAAGAGAGAUUUAUAGACGCAGGUAAGGGGAAUUCAGUAAUGUUAGUGCCUCUUUCUGAAAGGUUUCAGACGUAGCAGACUGUAAUACACCAUGUCGCUAUAGACUAGUGAGAGCCCAAGUUCUACUUGAAAUCACAAGCGACAGCAGAUUUGUACCAAUUGAGAUACAGCUGCAAUUCGACUGGUGAAGUUUUCUUUGAAAGUUUCAUCUUGACAGGUUUCCCUCGGCAAAGUAGAUGAAAUGAUGUAAAGGUUUUUCCUCGACUGACCUUGACAACUGACUCGUCUGUUUGAACUAUGAGACUAGCAAACAAAAAACUUGUCAACAACGAAAUUUGCUGGUCUAUAUGACUUGAAAAUAUUUCCCUGAGCUCUCGGUUUUAUAUACAGCGAACAAAUUUUCUUCGACAAAUGAGACUUUGUAUCAGUAAAUUCAGCGUUAGUCUUAAUUGAUUAUAGAAGUAAAUGAAUGACAUUGGAUUUAUAAUACACUAACAUGCCUUUUUUAUAUUGUCACGUGGAUUAGAUCCGGGGGAUUUCAUUCGGAAGAAUCGUGAGGCUCUUGAGUGUCCGUAUGUCUCCGAAAAACUUCACAACUGGAUCGACUUGAUAUUUGGAUAUAAACAAAGAGGACAUGAUGCGUGGCAAGCAGACAAUGGUAACAGUUUAUGUUGCAUCUCGCUCUCAGUGGACUCAGACUUUGCUCUCUGUUUCGAUUACUUAGUUCAAAGAAACUUUAACCAAAAGCGCCUAAUUUCUUAUUUAAACUGUUACUAAUAAAAAGUGUUAUUUUUUUUACCUCUCUUCUCAGUGUUUUACUAUUUGACGUACGAGGGAGCUGUUGACUUAGAAAAGUAAGAUGAAAACGUUCUUUGCACAGCUUUCGCUAAAUUACUGCUUGCAAUUUUCUGAUGAUGACCCGUUCAUGAUAGAACUUACUCUUCCCUCAUUAUUAAGGAUCGAGGAUCCAAACGAGCGGGCGUCUUUAGAAGCUCAGAUCCUGGAAUUUGGACAGACUCCCAAACAGCUGUUUACAAGUCCUCAUCCACAGAAACUGGUAAAAUUUUAUCAAAGUCAUGCAAGGGUAAACUGUAGCAAAAAACAUCAUGUUUCGUUUAGUUCAAUAUAUAUCCAAAACGCGCAGCCGAGCCUCUCUUCCCUUGCGAUGUCGAUCGAUAAAUUGAAGUCGGAAGUAUUUUCUAUGUUUCCAGGCCACUUGAGUAUGCUUGCACAGCGUGUAUGAAGUUGUUGUAAAUAUACAUGGUCCAACUGACCAAACACCUCUUACCUUUCAACACCCCCCUUUCCCCCCCGGCUAAUCGCUUCUACUUUACAUCAGGUCAACUCAUUCAGGGAAAAAUUAGGAUUACAUAAUGAGAACCAUCCUUCUAGAAAAUCCCCGACAAUGAAAACUGAAAGUACAUGUUUCACCAAGUCACUAAGAAGAUAAACUUUAUUUACUGUAGGUGACUGGAGCCAGUCCUAGCCCCAGUACAGACCCGACACCAAUCAGUAGCAGUGUGUUGAAUGGAGAGAAUCCUAGCGAACCAGACUCUAAAAGUCCUGGCAGUGUGCCAGUAAUUAAAGUUAAUGGUAUGCGUAACUAAUUUCCUCGACUUAUGGCUUUUUGAACGCAAAGCUCAUUUAAUUGCGGGUGCACUACUGAUUUUAUGUUUUGUUUUGAGUUUUAAUGACAGAGUUUUACUCUUUAACGACGAACUAUGGGGGCUAAACUCCUUGGUAUAGUUAUUGAAAACAUAUCCAACAAUGUGUUAAAAAAACACCACUUUUUGCCAGUUCAGACGUGAACACAGCACCUCUACUCCUCCCUCUAUCAAUAUUGGUAAAACUAAACAUUCACCACGUCUUGGUUAAGUUUACGAAGCGCACUAAGGGGAGGGAGGGGGGGGGAGAACAGGCAACACUUUUCCGUCAUCCCCACUCUAUUCUCUGUCGCACAGACGCAUAUGCAGAGCAUGCUGGUGUUGAGUUGAAGAAAAUACACUUUUUCUUUCAGUUGACUUUGAUGAAAUGUUCAGCAAUAAUCAUUCACAGUGGACUAACAUGGAGAAACUUCAGCAGGCAACGUGCCACAAAUUGCACAAAGAGUGAGAAUAAUUGUGUAAUAUGAAGAAACAUGUAACGUGAUGUGUAAAGUGUUGUUAGCGAGAAGACAGUGGAUAAUGUGUACAUUACAGAUUGGCGAUUCUAAAUGAGUAAUAGGCAUUCGACCCUCUUUCCUUUAUUCUAACAUUUCUUCGUUUCUUUGGAGAACUUUCGGCUUAUCUGGUAUAGCCAAGCCCCUCUUCACCGGCAGGACCUGCCCAGUUUGUGGCCAGAGGAAAUUCUCAUGCUCUCUCUGAUCUACAAAACAACUUGUCCCCAUACCCUUUGUUUGUUGUGAUAUUUCUUAAAAAUUCCUUUCUAUAGUGAAGCUGUCACAAGUUUGCGUAAUUGUAGUAAUUUUAAGAAAAAUUCUCAUCCAAAACCUGUGGUUACUUUUCAGGCUAUUUCCCUUCUUAGGGAGAAACCAUUUUUUAAAUCUGAUUUUGACUAUUUUCAAGCAUUUUUAAAUUUCAUAUGUCAUAAACUCUAUAACACGGUUAUAACAUUGAAAAUCUAACGGGAUUGGUGUUCAUGCAAAAUGUUAUUGAAAAUGUGACGAAAACCUAAAUUUGUCCUUAAACUGUCUCAGUGCACGAAAUAUCCAUUUUCAUUAAACAAAACAAGCAAAUAAUAAGCCAAAAAAUAGAAAACAAAAACCAUUUAAUACUUAGGCUGGUUGAUUUGAAUCCUAAACCGCGUUUUCAUCAUCUUAAUUCUUUUUUUCACUCGAGGGAAUAAGUGUCUGAAUGAUAAAUAUAAAUACAGUAACCGAGUUUGAUUUAAAAUAAUGAAAAGAAAAACGUUUGAGCCUUCAAUAAACUCUGUGGGUGGCGAGGUACUUAUUCCCUCGAGUUAUAAGAUGUCUGAGGGGCACUAUGCGUAUGUUAACCUCGUGUGUCCUAUGUAGGGAAUCUUCAUCUUGUUCUGUGAAUGUCAAUAUAACCAACAGUCAACUCACGCAACACAGAAGGUAAACUUUUGUUUUAAAAGCUGCUGAACAUAGAAAUGCAUGAAAUACAUCCAGUCGUGAAUGCUAAACAGAAUAUUAAACUCCAAAUGAGCUAUAUCGACAUUAGUCUAAAGUUAACCUGUCUUCAAACAAACACCCACCGUGAGUUUGGUUUUUUUUUCUAAACAAUACGUGGGUCACUGCUCCUUGUUAAUCUCUGGCUUGUAACGGACAAACCAUUUAUGUCAGGGAGAUAAAUUCAAGCGCAUGUGCAGCAAAGAUUGCCGAAAUUGAAAACAUUCCUGUGCGCUAACUAUGAAAACUCACCCCUUUUCGAAUUUUUACCAAAUUGCCGAAAGAUAACGCAGCAUUAUGAUAGGCUGAAUUUAAAAUUCCUAAAUAGUUUCCUGCAGCAUCAACACUAGCUCUUUUCAUUUUUUCUUCUUUCUUCUUGGAGUAAUGUUUGAUUAAUUAAGCACUCUAACUUUCCUGCAGUAUGAGACAUAGAUUACACUCGAUUGAUCAUAUGUCAAGCAUUAAUUUCAAACCAGAAUUGAACCUCUACCGCGCACUCGGGAACACACAGACUCUCUUAUGUCUGGCUUCUCAGUACUAUUGCUUUUGUUUGAUCAUAGCCUCCUCAAACAAGUCUCUUGAACUCGCUUUGUGGGCGGACUCUCGUUCUCUUACAUGCUCCAAUUAAGUUCCUUCACGUUGAACUCAUCUUAUUGCUCACGUGUUCGUUCUCACCUUCAACUUUAAAACGUUCACUUCUUUUAGAAAUUACAAUAACUCUUACGUAAGUAAUUAUACUACUCAUUUUACUGUUUUGGUGAAUCCCUAUUGUUCUAGUAAAUCCCAGACAAGGGUCAGUACAAUUGGUGAUUUCUCUUAGCAGCAGCCACCGGGUGCAAAGCCUGCAAUCAGUCCCUCGCUUUUAUCGAGGAUAGCAAGUUUUUCGUUCUGUUUUUGACUCACAUUCUUGUAAAGUUCUUCCGGUUUUAUAUUUUUCUAAUGCCAUAUGCGUUACUUCUUUUCAGCACGGUUACAUCAGUGAGACUAUCAAAGGACUGUAAAAAUGUCUUUUCUGUUUCUCAAGGUAAAGUAGAAACAUUGCUGCUAGAGAAAUAAAGAGGGCAGUUUCCCAACCAACAAAAACGAAUCUAAACCCAGCAGAGAGUAACUGCUCUUAAUUAAUGUGGUUGUUUGCGAUCGAUGGGUAAUUAGCCAGUUCUGAUAGUUUACCUCGAAUCGCUCGGUAAAUUAGAUUCGUCAAUGGAACGUGUUUGAGGUGAACGCUUUGCUGAAGAGAAGCCAGAUUGCUUGCAAAAGAUUAUCGCUAAUAGCGACUCAAAUAUUCUCCUUAUUUUUCUUUGUGUUUCUGUUAUGUCCCGUUAACUCAGUGAACGCUUGGAACAGGAUCCUCAUAUAGUAUCCUUAUAUGACAGAAAAUUCUCCAAACUAAUUUACAAGCGGCCCCUUAGGGAGAAGAAUUACGCUCUGAGCUUGGGGAUUUAAGGCGUAACUGCGACUCUCUCUAUAUUUACAAUUGGUGGUAUCUCGCUCCUCAGAUACACAACUGAAGAUGUACUCAUUAGAAACCAAACAGCAAGUUCGUGGAAUCAAUCUAUCGUCAAUGGUAAGUGUAUCUUCGUAGAAAGAAAACCAGUGAUUUUGACUUCGGGAUACUAAACUUCUAUUGCUACGGAGGUAUUCCGGAAACUAUGACUCGGUGCUUGACCGUACUUGAAGUACGAAUCAGAAGGUCGUAGGUUCGACUCUUAGAGGGAGCACUCGCAGAUCUUUUUGUCCGAGUAUGCGGGAAUUGUUUCUGUAAUUUGAUCGGCAUGAAAUAUGUCGCACGUCUGAGAUCAGAAAGUUUGACUAUGUCGUCGUUGUAGUCUCAAUGAUAAUUUCCUGCCAUAACCGGGACUAUUUUACUAUAAUUGAUUGUUGAAAAGGUUAAUUCCUUUGACAGGCGCUUUCGUCUUGUGCCAUUAUGCCGGACUCAAAAACGAUCAUAGUUGGAUCGUGGGAUAACAAAAUGUGAGUAACACGCUUAAUUUGCUGUUUCCUUUAUGUUUCUAAGAAUUUUUAAGGGGUUUCACCCUACUUCUCCUUCAAGUUUACACCAUCCUCUGAAAGUAGCUCUCUAUUGUUAAAAGAGCUUUCGCAUUUUGGUAAAAUGAAGAAAGAAAAUUUUGUUUACGUAAGUUGCAAAUCUUUGCAGUUUCGCUGAAUGUAGGCGCGCAAAGAUAAGACUCGAGGCUCAGCGCCUGUUUUAUUCAACUUGCGUUCAAGGUUGCUUUAGCGCCUGCUUACCAGGGCAGCGGAUAGAAAGACACUGAAUCCCCAACAGUUUUUAGCGAUCGUUCUGGAGUGUUAAUUUAACAACAUUCUUUGUGUUUUUAGCUACAUUUACUCUGUUGAAUAUGGAAGAGUUGUGGACACCAAAGCGGGACAUGACGAUGCAAGUAAGGAUUCGCCACAAGAACUGAAUAUAAUCAUUUUAAACUACGUUUUGAAAAUAAUCCAGAAUUUGUUUUUAACUCUACUCAGAUUGAUUUGUCUGGGAAGCUCGCGCUAAACUUCCCCACCAAUAAAUUAUUAAACCAAGCCCAACACUGACUUGGUCUCACGAGUUUUCCCGCCCUUCUUCACAUGUAUUGACUUGAGGAUUUAGCUUUUUCUGCCGAUUGGUGGUUACGAUUACUUUGGUUUUGGUUUUUCGACGGAACAAUGCGAUUUAGGGAAGUACCUGCAUAAAGAUAACCGAGGCAUUAGUUAAGUGGUAAUAACUCACGCUACAUAUUUCCAAAUCUUCAGCUUGACAGUCUUUUUGGGCCGGACACGAGAUCAUAUUUUGGGACUUAUGUCGUUGAUAACGGGACGGACUCUGUAGAACGUGUUUUGUGAUGAGAAAUGAAGUGAAAAACAUUGAAUUUUAAUAUUCUCCCUCGUUCCUUAGUUUCAUGUUUGUGCUGGAAUGAUGGUAUCUUGGUGACUGCUUCGUGGGAUUCUACAGUCAAGGUAAGCUUGAAUUUUUCAGUGGCUACGUUAGGAUUCAUUAAAUCAACUUUUUACGAAAGGUAAAUGACGAACAAUGUUUUAAAAAGUAUUGUUCCCCUCCUGUCUCCUUCAAUCCGGAAACCAACGAGUUUUCAUGCAGCAGAGAAGUUGCUAACUUACGGCUUGCUUAUAGCCUAAAUCUGCCUCAAUAACGAUUCGGAAACUUUUUCAGACAUUUGAACCUGUUUCAAAAACUAAAUUAUUUAAACGGGAGAGGCAGCAAGUUUUCGUGACGAGUACGUUAGCCUGGUAUUUCGAGGAUUCUGAAUUCGAGUCCAGCUCUGAACACUAACGGAAAGUUCCAGUACAACUUAAAUACCGUUGUCUACCUCCUGGUGACCGAAGAUUUUUGUCAUGUUACGUUUGGUUUGGAUUAUUUGUUUGUUGUCGAGUGGAGACCUUGUACUGGAGUUUAUUUCCACUGUAAAGAAAGCGUUUACGUGUGUGAUUAUAGUUUACGCCGGGUUACAUUUAUGUAUCUGUUAAAUUUUAUUCACUCCAAGGUGUGGAAGUUCUUUCCAGAACCGGAUGGCAAGAAACCCUCGCCGCCUGAAAUUUUGGUAAAGUGUGCGUUUUAAUUCCUAUUAGAUAAAGGGAUGUUUGUAAAACAGGAAACGAGAAAACAAAGUUUGGGACCGGAAGUAUCGCGGUAGUCUACAUAGCAAUUCAAGAUGGCGGAUUUCAACACGGAAAAAGGGACUGAGCAACAGCCUUGAGUUAGUGCUCUUGGAACUCGGUCGUUAGAGCAAUCAGCUUGAAAGUUAUAUAAAGCGGUUAUCAUUGAUUACUUAUAAUGCGGUACAAGUCCAAAAAAGAUCUGGCUCUAAGAAAAGAAACAUAUAGUAUUUUCUUGUCAGAAGUUCUUUCAAUGGAGUGGGAGUUGUUUUACAUUCAGUCCUUGUUUGUCAUGUUGAUAUCAGCUGAGAAUCUGGCUAAGACAUAUUCUUGUGCUUAAACAUACAAUUCAUUUGUUUGUCUUCCAUUUUCUUUCCAGGCUGAGCUCGAACAUGACACUGAGGUAUGUUUGUCUUAUUUUUUUCGAAGUAUGUGAAUCGUUUCCUCUGUUCCAUCUUAAUUCUCGUCUUUUGAUUUCAGUCUAAAUCUUGGUUUUCGUAUUUUUUGAAGGUGAACUCUGUAGAUCUUGAUCCUACAAACACUCUUGUGGUAACAGGCACCAUGGAUGGUAAGCACCUCUUUGGCUUAUGACGUAUCUUAUUCCCUCCCCACGCCAACGUCGUUCCCACACCCAUCCUCCCGAUAGUAAUUGAUCGCUGUUUUCUUCUGAUUGUUAGGAACUGUAAUGCUUUGGAACAUUGAUCAACAAGCGGCCAUCAGUCAUCACCCAAGUGAGUACAGCGUUCAAUUUAAUCGGAGAACUGCAAAUGAAUAGAAGAAAAUUGAUUGAAAGUAAAGAAAUCUUAACCCAAGCAGUCGACUCUCUUUCUUUUGACCACUCGAGAGAAAUGUUAAAUUCAACCAGAAAUUUUUUUCCGUUUUGAUUGCAUAGUUCAUAAGGGAUCCGUCCGUCGCUUGUCGACGGGCUGUCGGAUGAUUCUAUCGUUUGAAACCCUUCCUGUUUUCUUAAUGCAGAACCACUGCAAGCGAACAGAGUUGGAGAGGGAGGGUUGGGUGGGUGGAAAGGACAAACUUCUACUUUCAACCUCUUCAAACUCCUUUAAUUGAUUUGUGGGCGAAAAUGUGGUUGGGUAGGGAGGGCUAGAAGGUGCCUUACCGACCCCAUCUUCGUCGAAAAACGGUCUUUUUAAUGAUAAAUGAAAUUGAAAUCCCCCCGAUAUUCUACAAUUAGGCAUUCUUUUCUGCCAGGAGGGUGGUGAACACUUCCCUUAAAAAAACAGAGAGCGCUUCACGCAGCAGCCUUGACGUCUAACAGCUCAUUCUAAGCAUUCUAUUUCCGAGUUUGAUUAUCACUCAAACACUUUGUCUUGUAGUCGAUAAUUCUGUUUGCGAGAAAAGUUAACGAAUGUUUCUUUUGCUCUGCAUUAGUUCAUAAGGAGACUGUGCAUUCAGUUCUUUUCAGCCCGGGUAAGACAGGCAGAUUUCUUUGCAUCAAACUGUACAUAUAGUUAAAUGGAAUGUAACAUAAGUAACGACUGGGAGCAAAUCUUGUCAGUAGCGUUUUACAGGCGUUCUGUUAGCAUCUUAGGCGUCAGUUAGCGCCGUCCUUGUCCAGCGUUAUUCCUUAUCAGGCAUGUGUUGUUUUCCAAUGUACUUGCGUUGUGUCCGCUGUUCUAGAGCGUGGCGUUGUCGUCGUUGAGGAAAGCAAGUUUUGUUUAAGACACCCAAGAAUUGGGAGAAAACCUGCCAAAUUACUGAAGUUUAACCCAUUACACCCUAACCUCAGUAUGCUUGUUUUCCAUACUGUUCUCUAUACAUUUCUUAAUAUGCUAAUAAGGAGAAUUUGUUGAACAAUCAAGAGCUUCCUCCGGUGAUCAUUUCUUUUAUUCUCGUGACCUUAAUGUGUGAGAAUUUAGAUGGUAGGAACGAUUAGGGGUCAAAUGAUUUAGAUCUACACAAAUGAACCCCUUACAAUAUCUUCUAUGAUAGUAUCCUCCGUUGCCCUAUUUUAUGCUCAUCCGUAAGGAAGUAAUAUUGCAGUCAUCCAUAUUUAGAUAGUACCUAACAGGUACCGUUUUUAUUUCAGACGGACAGCGGAUUCUGUCGUGCGGCGCUGACCAUUUCAUGAGAGUGGUGGACGUCCAUACAGGGACAGAAGUGUAUUCCAAAGAUGUGGGCGAGGAAAUUAGGUAGUUCAUCACAGUUUGUUUCCUUGGUUUGGUCCACUGGGGAGUAAAUUGAGUUUUAUAUGUCCCAUGAUCCUUGCUCAGACAAUCCUAGCGCACGUACUUAGUGGAAGAUAAGUAUCUCAUAGGCCUCAAAGUGUCGAAAUCGCCUAUGGUGGCUCUUCUUUAGCAAUGGACUCAAAGAGGCACGGAAAAUAAAAUAUUUUUGUACAUUGUUUGAUGCAUAUAUUUAGGGUUUUGUUAAUAUAGUGACUUUCCAUUUCCUUUUUUGUUAGAUGUGCUGUGUGGGAUGGUCAGAUGGUACUCGCUGGUGGUGAGUCUGGCUACCUCCAGAUCUGGGAUCUGAUAAAUGUGCAGGAAGUCAGCAGAAUCACAGCUCAUGAAGGUGAAGUAGAUCAAAGAUUUAAACUUUUAAUUUCACGUCGAUGUUGAAAUUCUGUAGCUCUGUUGAUUACAAACAAGAGAGUAAGUCGCUGAGAAACCUUCCAGCUUGUUCCAGGCGUUCAGUUAAUAAGACGAUCGAAAUAGUAAACGGCGCGAUAGUAGAGGCAGAUUGAACGUGAGCGAGGUCUGGGUCGGGCUAUUACGCGACCCGACCCAAACCUCCCUCAUUUUUUCUCUUCCCUGUUACUAUCGCACUGUUAACAUAUGCUCAGCAACCGAAUAAGAUAAAACCGAUUUUAAAACCUUUCCCUCUAACCUCAAUGUAAGUCUUACCCUAGCUUCUAUAAUUUCAAGCUUUAAAAAGCAUGAUCACAAAUCAUAAAAUAGGAAAUGUAGUUCGAUCAGCACUACUAUAGCUAUUUAAGACACAUUUUAUUUUUAUGUUUGUUUAUUUUUAUGCUGAUUCCGAUUGUAAGUAACCUUUAAGAUAAGCCUCUUUACCCCUUGGGAAGAUUGCAGUCAUGAGGCUUAAUAGAGGCAGUUUGCUAUAUUCGACCCGGAAAAGUUUUUACAUCACUGUUUUAGUUUUGUAGUGCAAAAAGGAAGACCACGUAAGUACAUGGAAAGGCUAGUCUUCGGCAUGAAAUUUGUUGAUUGAAAUCAAUUUACUUCUCUUUUCUCACCAGGAGCCAUUCGAUGCAUAGAUGUAUCAAGUGAUGGCUGUACUGUAGUCACCGGUGGAGAGGACGGUCAAGUUAUAAUGUGGAAACUUCACGUUUGA